GAUUCCUAGUCACUCCUGUGGCUUCCAGAAUGCUGGGAUUACAGGUAUGGCUCACCUCUGGGGGCUUUCCAAACCAGUCCUUUUAUCUCUAGCAUAGCUCAGGCAUCAUUCCCCCACUGCCCUGUGAGGGACCGAAAUGCCCUGUGCAUUAAGCAGAUCCUGUGCAGUAAGCAGCUUUCGGAGCCCUUUCCUGGAUGGACAGCAUGAGCUAGCCAUUCUCCUCCCAUCCAGAGUCAGCCUGAGUCUCCCUGUCCAUCCCUCCUCACACCCCAGGCUGUCACUUGGCUUUCCUGAAAGCCUCCCCCUUGCCCAUGAAGCCCUCAGAUUCUCUUUGGGUCCUUGGGCAGCAGCUAGCACUAGCCCUCACUCCUAGCCACCUCCCUGCUCUGAACCUUGAAUUGAUACAGUGGGUGUGACCCUCAGGAAAUUGCUCAUUAUUUGCCAUUAGUGCCUCUGAGUGAGUACCUUCCCAUUAUCCCAUAUCUUUCCGUAUUCAUAGUCCUUCCUUCUCUCACUCCUCCCUCCCUCUUCCCUUCCUCCUUUCUUCCCUCUCUCCUGGGAACUGGUUCAACCAGAGUACAACCUGCUCAUCUGCCUCUAGCAGAGCAGCUGCAGGAGCCGGGACCUGCAGAGCAGCUGAGCUGAAGCUAGGGAGGCCAGUCUGGCGCGCUGCGGGACACAGAGGGCGAGCAGUGGGCCGGGCCGCCUCCCUGAGGCCCAUGAGAGGCCAACACAGCCGGGGGCUCGCUCAUGAGGCCGCCGUGGUGCGGGAGAAGGACCCGCGGCAUCCCACUGGGGCUGCUCACGCUCUGGGUGGCUACCGCCCGCUGUCUGCAGAGUCAGGGUGUGUCACUGUACAUUCCACAGCCAGCCAUCAACGCCACUGUCCAGGACGAUAUCCUGCUGUCCGUGGACUACUCCUGCCAUGGGGUGCCCACUAUUGAGUGGAAGUACACAUCCAACUGGGGUGUGCAGAAGAUCGUGGAGUGGAAAGCAGGGACCCCAGCCAACGUCUCCCAAAGCCACAGAGACAGGCUCUGCACCUUUGACAAUGGCUCCAUCCAGCUCUUCAGUGUGGGUGUGAGGGAUUCUGGCUACUACGUCAUCACUGUCACAGAGCGCCCAGGGAGCAGCCAGUCUGGCACCAUUGUGCUGCAUGUGUCUGAGAUCCGCUACGAAGACCUCCACUUUGUUGCUGUCUUCUUUGCUCUGCUCGCCGCAGUGGCUGUGGUGCUAAUCAGCCUCAUGUGGGUUUGCAAUCAGUGUGCAUACAAGUUCCAAAGGAGGAGGAGAUACGAACUCAAAGAAAGCACCACUGAGGAGAUUGAGAUGAAAGAUAUUGAGUGUUAGCCAAGACUGUGCCCGAUUACAUUGCUACCUCAAGAGAAAAACAGUAUUUUUCAGUCGAAGGAACAAACGGAGCCAAUCCUUGCUGUAGCCUCUCGCAGCCUGGGCCUGCACCCCUUUCCUGAUGAGACAGCUGGAAGAUGAGAAAGCUGUGUGGGGCUGAGGGUGAUGGCUUCCUUAAACAAGCCAGUUCCAGGACUUCCAUGCAGUUCAAGGAAAGUUUAACUGAGCCUUUCCACCAGGAACUGUGGCUUCAGGGUCACUGUCACCCCUAACACAGGCAGGCACCAGCUGCCACUUACAGUACAGGCUACAGUCCCACACUGGCCUGCUGGAGACGUACCCAUCUCCAGGAAAGCGUAUCUACAGAGGGGCUGACGUGCGGCUAGCAUCGGGACAUGCAGUCUGUUCCUUUGUGCUCCCGUCUGAUCUGCAAAAUGCGGCACCCUCCAUCUCCCUGUCUUACAUCCCAUAAGUGCUGCUGUAGAGACAUGAGCAAGCCCGAGGCUCGGAGGGAGACGGUCUGAUGAGGUGGUGAACUGCUCCUCAGGGAGAGCUGCUGAGUGCACUGACGGACCAGCUCUGAACGCAGGGAGCAGAAGUCACUCUCAUCCUUCCUCAUCCAAAAUUAACUGAGUAGCUUAAACUGGGCUGGUGUGAGAAAAACAUGGCUUAAGUUGGCCAGGAGCAGCUGGAUGGGUGGCACAACAGGGAAAAUCUGUAAGGCUUCAUUCAUCUUCAUCCUGUUUGGUCACCAACACUUCAAGUCUCCAGUCAUAUCCUGGGCUGAGGGGCAUGUGACCUUCACCUACCUCAAAUGGCAUCAGGAGAAGCCAGCAUUAGUCUAUAUCUCUAGGAGUGAUUAAGAAGAGCAUGAGAAUCCUUGAAGGAUCUGGAAAGCUAUACGGGAAAGUGCAAUCACCAUUGCAUAGCAAAGGUUAAAAUGCCCUGGGAUGGGGCUAGAGAGGGCUCAGCAGCUGAGAGCCCUUGCUGCUCCUGCAGAGGAACCAGACACAAUUCUAAGCACUCACAUGGUGGCUCAUAACCUUCUCCAGUUCCAGGGAAUCUGAUGCCCUCUUCUGGCCUCCAUAGGCACUGCAUGCACGAGGUGCACACACAUACAUGAAGACAGUGCUCAUGCACAUGAAAUAAAAUUUUAAAAAUCAA